AUGGCGGAAGAUGUUUUUCAACUGAUUGAUUGCUUUAAAGACUACCAAGAAGAAUUUUGCAACACUAAACCAAAGCUACAGAUUUUCAGGCGUGGAAAACAUUUUAGUUCCAUUCCAUUGAGAGAAUUACAAGACACGGAUGCUAUUGUCGCUCGAUUACUACACAUCUACUAUGAUCAAGUUGUGGCUAAAAUUAGCAAUCAGGAAGAGCUAAAAAAAUUAAUAUUGGAUAACAUUGAAGCGAAUAUGGAUAUUUUUAUUGGCUAUUUUAGUAAAUUCUACACUCGAGCUCAUCGGAUGUUCUUUGAAAGCUUCCCUACUUUCAAGGAGAGCUAUAAAUUUGUAAUCAUCACGAACAUCACCUUAAUACAUCGACAACUAGACCCGGUAAUGCCUUUGGAUUAUGUAUACAAGAUCUACCAUUGCAAUGAUACACUACAUCGGACAAAUCAAUCAUGUCCACACACUUACCAUAGUGAAUAUUUUUCAAGCCACGAAUUAUUUUUAUUCAUGCAAAGGAAUAAAUUACCGAUAUAUACGGAAUUGAUCCAUCAAGACAAUUUAACUAUCUAUAAUCAAAACGAUGUCAAUAAAAUUUUCAUAUUCGCUGAAAGUCAUCAAUAUGAACGAAUCAUACAGGAUGUCCAAGAUUUUGGAAGUGAAUAUUCAGGAAAAAUCGGAUUUCUUAUAGCUAAUAUGUCCAAUUUAGAUGAAAAAGCUGAUUUGCCAGUUAAAUGGUAUAAAAUUAAAGAAUUUCCAGCAGUCUAUGCUCAAAGAGCUGGUGCAGACAGGGAUACGCAUAAAAUGUUAGGAAAUUAUACUGCACGCAACUUGAAAUAUUUUGUAGACGAAUACUGGAAACGCGUUGGUGUAGGCGUUAAAACUGAGAAAGCCGAUAUGGAUGUCGAAUCAAUCACGAAAGAGAAACAUGAUAACAUUACCACUGGUAAAGAAAAGAAAAUCAAUUACGCUAUAUUCUACUGUCCUGGACCUGUAUCUUGCGAUUACUGGGAAAUUGUAUUAGGAAGAGUUAAGAGGAGUUUUAUUACCCAUCCGGAAUUUGACGUAGUUACUUAUUUGUAUUCCUCUGAUAAAGACGUGCCACAAGAAACAAAUUUGCGAUUUGUUAGCAUUAAAGGCAAGGUUAACAUAUUUAGUAAGACAAAAGACUUUACAUAUGAAGGCAUAUUGGACUUUAUCGAAGAAGAAACGUUAACCGAUUUCACUAGAUUGCCACCAACAGCUGGCGAUCAUUUUGAACCACCAAAACGUUUAUCUAAUAGUAAAGCUGAUAUAAACAAUAUUGAUGAUGAAAUUGCUAAAGAUAUCAAGCGUAUAUACGAAUCAGAUGAACAAGAUCCACAAGCUGAACGAUAUAAAAGACAAAGCUCCGUAACAUCAUUAACCGAUAAAACUAUUCAAGAAUUUAUCAACCAAAAUGGAAUUCGAAUUAUUAAUUAUUAUACAACGUGGGAUAUACGAAGUCGUGCAUUUUCAUUUAUCUAUGAAGAUAUAAAAUUAAAGUUCGAGCAAAACCCGACUAGAAUGAAACUUAGCUUUGCCGAGAUUAAUUGCGCUGAUUAUCCACGACCAUGUGAAGCUAAUGGUAUCACAGAGUAUCCAACAGUUAAAGUUUAUACUGAGAAUAAUGACGGUGUGGUCUAUAAGGGAUCAUUUACAAUCGAUAGUUUGAUUGCUGGAAUUAAGAUUUAUACUGAAGAGAGCAAUGGAAAAUUUACAUCAGUUGAGCAAGGUCAAAAGUUCCUUGAAAAUGCUUCGGGCGUUGUCGUUAUUGGCUUGUUCGAGAAACCGAGUGUGGAAUUUGAUGAAGUUAUGAAGCGUUUUAGUGGAAUAAUGCAAUUCGGACGUAGUUUCCAAUCCGACAUUUCUAUGGCCUUAGCGGAAAAGCUCAAUAUUAAAUUACCGGCAGUUAUUUGCUAUAAAGCAACUAAUGAAGUAAAAAGACAGAUUGUUUACGAAGGAGAGUUAACCGUUGACGGAAUCGAAACUUUUAUCUACAAUAAUGGCUUACCAUUAUUUGAUCAAUUUAGUGAACACAAUUUUAUAAACUAUUUCCGAAGUAAGAAACCAUUAGUAUCAUUCAUUCUACAUGGCCAUGAUGCGGAAGCAAUUCAGAAGGAGAUAGUAAAUCGCCUUUCUGGUUCUAUUUAUAGUAAUAUAAAUGUCGCAUGGAUGGAUUUAGAUGAUGUUGUGACGCAAUCCAUUAUUUACUACUAUACCCGUGGCAACACCGAUGCUGUUCCAAGAUGCAUUUAUGUCGAUAGAAGAAAGGGUAUUGCUAACACAUUUAUUGAUAAGGAAGAAUCUCCAGAAAUAAGCAAUAUUGAGAAAUGGAUUAAUAAAACUCUGCAUGCUAAUAUGAAAGAUAUUAUUCAAAUGGGAGGUGUUCAUUUAGCCGAUCGCGACUGGUUACCAAAGCAGGAAGCUCUCGAUUUCUUGACGUUAGAAAAAAGAGAUAAUUUAAAGAAAGACUUCAACGUCGAAUCCGCUGUAGAUAUUAGAGAAUAUCUAGAAAAGAAUGAUGUCUAUAAUCCGAGAAGAAAUAUCGCAUGGUUCGGUGAUGAUGAAGGGCUAAUUAUCGAUGGCACCAACAUUGGACCUUUAACCAAAGAGAAAAAAGAGGCAAUAACAGGAAACUCUAAAGAAGUAGACAAUGAUGACGAAGGAGGAGACGAAGAUGACGAGGAAGAUGACGAAGAUGAUGAACAACCUGAAAGCAAUAGAAAAGAUGACCAACAACCACAGGAUAAUAAAAAAGAUGAAUUAUAA